CCUCUCGCUGCUUGCGACACAAUUCCUACUUUUCUCAGGGCACUUGAAUGUAGCUACAAGCAGUAUUUCUGCCGCAGCCCGAACUACCUUGGUUGAAAAAAGCUAGUAAACAAAUAUGACAUCUUCCAGAAAAGCAAGCGAAGUAAAUUUGACAGCGAUUAUGCUUCUUCUUUGCCUGUCGCCGGUCAUAGGUGACUACUGUGAAGUGAAUAAUUGCCAUAAUGGAGCAACGUGCGUGACGGGAGUAGGAGAGGAACCCUUCAUCUGCAUCUGUGCAGAUGGAUUUGCUGGGGAUACAUGCAACCUCACAGAGACAGGACCUUGCAGUCCCAACCCCUGUAAGAAUGAUGCCUCUUGCCAGGUAAUUGCUCCCACCAGAAGGGGAGAUGUUUUCAACGAGUACAUCUGCAACUGCAGGGCAGGCUUUGAGGGUGCUCAUUGCCAGACCAAUGUGAACGACUGCGCCAACCGACCGUGUAAAAAUGGAGGCGUAUGCAGAGAUCUCGAUGGCGACUACUCGUGUCAGUGCCCGUCACCCUAUGUUGGGAAGCAGUGCCACCUACGUUGUAUUUCUUUACUGGGAAUGGAGGGAGGAGCAAUCGCAGAGUCCCAGAUAUCCGCUUCUUCUGUGCACUAUGGUAUUCUGGGUCUUCAGCGUUGGGGCCCGGAGUUGGCUCGGCUCAAUAAUCAAGGUAUCGUCAAUGCCUGGACGUCAGCGACCCAUGACAAGAAUCCUUGGAUUGAGAUCAACAUGCAGAAAAAGAUGCGGCUAACAGGAAUAAUAACCCAAGGCGCUAGUCGAAUGGGCACGGCAGAAUACAUAAAGGCCUUCAAGGUGUCCAGCAGCUUUGACGGAAAUACUUACACCACAUACAGAAUGGAUGGACAACGGAGAGACAAGGUUUUGGUGGGCAACACAGAUAACGACAGCACAAAGACCAAUCUUUUUGACCCACCCAUCGUUGCCCAGUACAUCCGCAUCAUUCCUGUGGUUUGCCGAAAGGCAUGCACACUGCGUAUGGAGUUAGUGGGAUGCGAACUCAAUGUUUAUUCAAACACAACAGGGUGCUCAGAGCCAAUGGGAAUGAAAUCUCGGCUGAUCUCAGACGGCCAACUUUCAGCCUCCAGUUCCUUCCGCACGUGGGGCAUCGAUUCCUUCACCUGGCUCCCUCAGUUUGCCCGCCUGGAUAAGCAGGGGAAGACUAAUGCGUGGUCUCCUUCCCAAAACAACCGAUCGGAGUGGAUCCAGGUGGAUCUCGAGAAGACAAAGCGCCUGACGGGUAUCGUCACUCAAGGUGCCAAAGACUUUGGGGUGGUGCAAUUUGUGUCUGCUUUCAAAGUGGCUUACAGUAACGACGAAGAGUCUUGGAGUAUGGUGAAGGACAUUAACACAGAUAGCGAUAAGCUUUUCCAAGGCAAUAUUGACAACAACAGUCAUAUGAAGAAUGUAUUUGAGCCACCGUUCUAUGCCCGAUAUGUCCGGGUGGUUCCCUGGGAGUGGCACGAGCGCAUCACUCUCCGCAUGGAGUUGCUGGGCUGCGAUGACUAGAGAUUCAACUUACUUUCGCAGGCCUGCAUCGACAUUUCACUUCCUCAUCUCCUCCUCUGACAGAGUUUACACCGUACUGUAUGAUUCUCUGGAUGAAGAUCAUGUUGGCGGAAUAGCUGGGACUUCAAAACAUUGUGUGUUGUGUGUUUUUUUUUAAUCUCACAUUGCACAUUCUCUAAAUCGUAUCAUCUUCUUACAAUCUUCCAAUUAAUCCACUAUCUUUGCAUGAUGUGUACAGACCUCCAUGCUAAUACUGCUGCUGUUGGGUUUAAACAUCUUUCUGUCCAACUUUAAUUCACGAGUGGAGCACAAAGUACAGUAGCAUGAUGAAGCGUGGUGAGUGCAAUAUGGAUUUCGGUACGCUGUGAGUCCUGUAGAUAGACUUUUUCGUUACACAUUUCAAAUGUAUUUCUAUUCAUGUUUUUUUUUUAAUUGCUAUUUUGAGGUAACAGUUUUACAGCACUUAAUGUGUAGCUAGAUACACUUGAAAUAAUUGUACAUAUGUAUUAUUGCACUACGAUCCAGGUAGUUAAUUAAAGAUGAAUACAUAGUCUUGUUUCUUCUUGUGCAUUAUAAAAGAAGUAAUAUGCAAUUAGUUUGUUUUCUACAUAGUUUUCCAACUGGUUAGAGGGUCGUGGUAGUAGUUUUCAUGCAUGCACAGACUUGCCAAUCAUCUGCCCAAGAAGUCAUCUGUACAAGGGGGCCGCAUGAGAGGUAAUCUGAAGGAAAGACUCCCAAAGAUGGUGUCUCAUCAGUGUCACGGCCAAUUUAAGGACACCUCAACAAACACUGGUAUGAUAGAAAGACUGAUGUUUAAUGGACAUAGAGUAGCACACAAUUUAGCCUGAUGAUAUUCAAAACAAUUAAAAGAUCUUGCAGAAGCUA